GGCCCGUCCCGCCGCUUUAAGAGGGAGGGGGAGGAAGAGGCGCUCAGAUUUGAGGACACUGCGCUGCGUCGCGCUUCGAGCCGCCGCCAACUACAAUAACAAGAGAAACAAACACGAGAACAAAAAGAACAAGUUCGGCAGCCGAGUGACACCGUGCGACAGAAAGAAAGAGAGCGAGCCGAACGGAAUUGGAGCCCCACGAACUGCCGCGGCCGAAACUUCGAGACUAACUACAGAGAGAGAGGGGAGAGGAGAGACGACAGGAACGCGUCCGUCCGUCCGCCCGCCCGCCUGCCUGCCUUCCCCUGUAACUCCGAAAAGUGACUUCGUGCAAAAGUUCGGACCGAGCCGACGUGCUGCAGCCGAGAGUGACAGCGCCAGGACGACGACUACGCUCAACAGGUCCUACCGCCAAGUGACGUCCAGCCAGCCGCCCGUGGAUUUAAAAGCCCACCAAACGCGUGCGCAGCCCUCCCGCCGGACUGCAAGCCAUGCAAAACUACAAGUACGACAAGUCCAAGCGCUCCGAGAGCCGCAACGGGGGCAGCGGCGGCCUCAACAACAACAACGCCGCGGCCAAGGAUAACGGCCGGGUCAUGAUGGUCUGCCUGGACCUCUUCUGCCUCUUCUUGGCUGGCCUCCCCUUCCUGAUUAUUGAAACUAGCACUAUUUCGCCUUACAGACGGGGAUUUUACUGCAAUGACGAGUCGAUCAAGUACCCCCACAAAAAUGGAGACACGAUAAGCGAUGCUGUGCUCUGCGCUGCUGGCAUUCUCAUCGCUCUCCUCGCUAUAAUUAUAGGUGAAUGCUUCCGGAUUUAUUACCUCAACGAGAAGUCCCGGUCCUUUAUUAACAACCCCUACAUUUCAACACUCUACAAGCAAAUUGGGGUCUUCGUCUUUGGCUGCGCCAUUAGCCAGUCAUUCACGGACAUUGCCAAAGUGUCGGUGGGGCGCUUGCGUCCUCAUUUCCUAGCAGUGUGUGACCCCGACUUCUCGAUGUUCAACUGCUCCGCUGGCUACAUUGAGAAGUACCAGUGCCGGGGAGAAGAGAGCAAAGUGCAAGAAGCAAGAAAGUCCUUCUUCUCCGGCCAUGCCUCCUUCUCCAUGUACACGAUGCUGUAUCUCGUGUUCUACCUCCAGUCCCGGUUCACGUGGCGCGGUGCCCGCCUUCUCCGUCCUCUCCUGCAGUUUACGCUGAUCAUGAUGGCAUUUUACACUGGCCUGUCCCGUGUGUCUGAUCACAAGCACCACCCCACAGAUGUCCUGGCGGGUUUUGUGCAAGGAGCCCUGGUGGCUUACUGCAUAGUCUUCUACGUGUCCGACCUCUUCAAGCCUCACAAGAUGUGUCACGUGCCCUCCCCUCCACCCGCCAUUAAAAAGGAACUGCUGCCCGCAAUGGACAUCCUCAUGGAACGGAACAACCACCGGAACAUGCCCUGAGUGCGCCCGCGGAGGGCCCAAAAGGUUGUGGCUGUCCAUGUGACUUGAGGACUGACAGAUGGCCGCCCUCGGCUCCUAUGACACUUGGAAUGUCCCCAGAACUUGAGAGGGCUGCUGCAGCACCACGUGGAGUUUGGGGCCUACAGCUUGCAAAUUCGCUCUUGACUAAUCUGAAACAAAAAAGAAAAGAGACAAAGCUGAAGCAAUUACCUAAAUAUACAUAACGUAACAUUUUAUAUAUAAAUAUAUAUAAAAAAUAUAUAUAUAUACAAACAUAUAUGUACUCCAUAUGCAUGUGUGCCAGCGCUCGCACACACAGAGAGCCAAACGCUGGCAAGGGGGUCCAGAUGGAAGGACUUUGAUUUCCCUUUGUGCCUCCCCGGAUUUGGCCGAAGGGUGUUGGAUCAUCUAGAGAGAGACAGACGUGGACGUGUGUGACGAUGAUCUCCAUCAACUAAUCCAGUGCCACACUAGCUCACACACACCCCACUUCUAGCACUCGCCCCCCCCAGUCGUCGGCCGUGUGCCCCCCAGAGAAUGUGAACACGCAGCUCUUCAAGAAGAAUUUCGCUGGUAGACUUGAAAAGGGAUAAAGAAAUGUAAAAAAAACCCUGAAUGCCAACUGACAGACGGCUCUGAGAGAGCUGCGGCCCCCCAUCCCCAUGCCUCCCCCCCCCCAAAAUAAAAGGUCGUCCACGUCUUCAGUCAUCAACUUGGACACUCCAGUGGACAAAAGAUAAAACCUCCGUUGAUCUCGUAUCCCUUCAUAUGUCGUACUGUAAUGUGGGGCUGUGCCCCCAAUCUGCCAGGAGGUCAGAAGGUGAAUUUAGGUGACAACCUCCUCCUCCUCUUCUUCCUCCAUGUUGGGCUCUGGGUCUGAGACCUGGGCACCUUUGGCACAUCUGCUCCGGGGCUUUCCGCUGGGUGGUUUAGCCCUCCUUCUCUGUUCCUUCAGAUUGCACCAUACAUUCCAGAUUUGCAGUUUGGCCCGUCGCUUCCUUGGAUGUGCCAGCCAGCGAGCCUGGCGGCGUUACCCUGCCAUCACUUUGCCUGCCUUCACCCUGUGGAUUUGUCAGCCACCUUACCUUCCUGGUUUGACUGUCCCAUGCCACUGCAUCUUUACUCUGCAUGUCGCUAGUGGAGUGGGUGGCACCUGCUGGUCGGUCGCAUGCAUUCUGAUGAAAUCCCCCCUUGCCACCACCUAACCCCUUCAUGCUGAUACGCCAGCUUUACGACUGGAGAUGCCAUCCACUAUGCGGGCUGUGAAAGGAUGCCGACGAGGACUGAACCAAAGCUCCAUCGUUGAAUCAAACAGGUUAGCGGUGGCUUUACUGGCAACCCGUGCCCUUCACUCUGACAAAAACGUGGGCCCCCGCUGGGGGGGGUCCCAGGCAAUCAAGCCGGAGAAAGAAGAAAGGCGCCCUCUAGUUAGUCUCUGGAGCGCCCUCUACUGAACCGGAGAUAACCACUACAGUGUGACGAGCCACAGAACCCUUGAGUGUGUCGUCCGUCCUGCCGUUCCAAGCGCUAAGGUGACAUCUCGAAGUUUAGAAAUCUCGUAGAGGACACUAAAGAUGAUUAACUCCGAUCUCGAAACUCGCUGUUUGUUAAGAUGUCCUAUCCACUAUAUAAAGGAGAGGUGAAGGUGUCUCUCGUGACCUGUGCUGCUUGCAGAAGCGUCGAUUGUGUCUCGUCUGGUGACAUCCCGUCGAGUUUGUGUUUUUAAUGACGUAUCGCAAAGCCCACUAUUUUUGUAUCGUCUUAUCUUUUGUACAAAAGAACUCGGAGCACCAA